GAGUCGUGUCCUUUUGUGACGGAAAAACAGAAGUGCUGUAGGCUUCCGCUUGUGUACAACAACCGAACUUACACGGCUUGCACAGCCGAUGUCCCUGACAAAGACUGGAAGGAGCAAUGGUCGUCACCCUGGUGUUUCCCGGAAACGCCAGAAAAGGACAGAAGUACCAAGUAUCGUUGCUUAAGAAACAGUAAGUUGAGAGCCACGUUCAAAAGUUUCACUGCAAAGUUAUAAAUUUUUCGGCUUAACAACAAUAAUAUAUAGCACCUAUAAUUGAAAAAUUAUGGGAACUGAAUCUACAAAAAAAAUUAGUGUCCUUUUUUCUUUUGCGUCUCGAGGUAGUUCUUGUCGCUGGUUUCCAUAUAGCCGCCUUGAUCGCCUGUUAGCGCGGCUGCGUCUAUACUGGGAUAGACUGACUGACGGUUCAGUUUUGAUAAAAUCGCUUUUAAUGAUCUUUCAAGAUCGCACGAUCGCCCAAAUCAUCCCGAUGGAUUUCUAUAUCUACUCGGUCGUGACGGUAUUUCCAUACGAUCGUUUCGUAUGUAUCAAUAUUGUGGGAACGAUUCGGAUUAUCGAGAAGAUCCGAACAAUUAAUUGUGAAAUAAGUCUAACUCUAUUCCUUGCAGGUUAUAGUUGUGGCGGCACACGUACACAAGUAGCAGGAGUCAUUUCCUCUUCCAACUUUCCUCGCAACUAUAAACCCAACGUCACAUGUACCUGGAAAAUCACCGUUGCCUCGGCCAAUCAAAUCACGUUAAAUUUCACAGACUUUGAGUUACACAACAGUAGCACCUGCGAGCAUGCGUACGUACGGGUAUUUGAUGGACUCAACACUACCAGCCCCUCCCUAGGGAAAUUCUGUGGACGUGAAAUCCCCAUGGGGGUACAAUCCAGUGGAAAUAAGAUGUUGGUGGUAUUCAAAUCGUUUCGUGGAGAUGAAUACAGAGGUUUUCGAGCUUAUUACGAUUCCGGUGAGUAUUAACAAAUAAAUGUUUGCUUAUUCGUAUCCUUAGUGGUUGAUUAUCAAAGGGAAUUUUAAGGCCCGGCGUUGAACUUGGCAAACUUUCCUGGAAUUUUCUUCGCAAUUUUGUUGCGCUGUUGUCGGGACAACUGAAGUUGCACGAGAGGAGCCAGCUUUUCGACAAUCACGAUAACGACGUCGGGCGACAUAUUUAUUUCGGUUGUGACAAUGUAACAUCCAGCCAGGGGGAGCUUUGUGUCCAGCAGUUUUAGUGCAAACAAGGGUGAGUGGGUGUUGCUCAGCCUUGCGGGCUCACAAAACCCUACUUAGGUAGAUCUUAUGCCCCAUUCACACUAACUAAACUAAACUAAACCAGGUUUUAAAUAAUGAAAAACAGUCAUGAAAAACUGGAACACAGGGUUUCACACAGCAGCUUUUAUGAAGGAAAGAAAAUUCAAAGCGUGUUUAACUAAACAGCUUUUAAGUAUGUUUAAGCUUCGGUGUGAAUUGGGCUUUAUUUUGAAUUUGUGAUGCAACAGACAAUUUUUUUAACUCGUGUCGCAACAAAUUGCGAGACAAGUUGCAAGAAAAAAUGCCCAGUGUACCGAAGCCUUUAACUGAAUUUCCACCUUUACAGUUCCGGGGGAUGUUCUUCAACGAUAACACGGAUAACUGGGUCGAAGGCAAAUUCACGAGUACAAGAAUAAAAAAAAAACGCUCGAGAAAGACCUUCAGAACGGGGAACAGUUAAGGCUGCAAAAAGCGACUCUCAAAUAAGGCUACCGGACCUUGUUUCUCACUCUAUAUUUGGGAAACCACCACCGCGUAAGAGGCCAACAACAGAGUUCCCACAAUUCAUUGCAGUUAAGUGCCCUCUCUUUAAAGACCCAUUUGUGAGAAUUUUGCCGUGACAACCUUUAGGUACCACUUUAAAACCCAAGACGACUCAUCACCGAGCAUAUAGCGAUAGGAUUAGACCCUGUCAUUAAUUUUUUUCUGCCGCAAAAAAUAAAAGAGGAAUAAAAUAAAAAAGGCUACAUAAAAUUUAGAAACAACGAUCGAGGUUUGGUAACUAUUGAACAAAGACUUGUAAAGGCGGAAAUGAUCAAAGUAAAAAUACACAUUCCUCUACCUUAACUUGCUUCAGGAGACUGCAAUGUUCGGUCCUAUGGUGGCAAUGGCGGCGGAGAGUGCUGUGUUUUUCCAUUCACCUACAAAGGAAGAAUUUACAAUGAAUGUUCUCAAGGUGAUUCCACUCAUUUGGGAGCCCCGUGGUGUUCCGUUACGCCUAAUUACGACAGGGACGGCAAAAGAGGCUUCUGUGUCACAGAGAACGGUUUGUAAUUCUUAUGCUUAUUAGGCUUUUUUUGGUGUAACAAAAGGCAAAGUAUUCUAACUUCAAGGAAAUGAAAAAUGUCAACAUCUCUCGGUUAGGAGUCUAGUAGGGGUUGUAUCUCAAAGAACGAAAAGUAGCCAGUGUGGCUUACCCUUCGCCAGACCAAUUUUUCCUCAUCAAUUUAAUGAAAGAUGUGCGUAAUGACUCACAGAAUCAUAAAAAUGUUCAAUGUACUAAUUAAAGGUACUAAUUUUAGGACCGCUAUGUUACGUGUUCAUCCGAACCACGCCAUUUCCCGGGCAAAGGCAGUACCUUCAUUUCUUAGAACUUUCAAGAUCCUGAGUAUUGGUCCGGCCCCGGGAAUCGAACUCUCGACCUGCUUCUAAGCACUCGAGCCCUCUAACGAAUGAGCUAAUCCUGUCGCAGUAAUCUUUGUUCAACUUUGAACAGCAACAGGGCUUUUUUAAUGAGAAUUUUAUUUUUGUCAUCAUCUAGUACCAUGUGGUGCUGACAAGUUUGAAUGCAAAAAUCAUCACUGGUGGAAACAAUGCAUCGACAACAAGCUCCGCUGUGACGGACACGCGGAGUGCGCUGACCAAUCAGACGAGAUAAAUUGUCGUAAGUCC